AUGACUUGGAAAAUAUUUCAAGAAUUGUUGUAUAAAAGAUUUGAUAAUAGAAAUGGAAGGGAUGUGGUGGAGGAAUUCAACAAAUUGAGACAGUCUGGCAAGGUGGAAAAGUACCAAGAAAAGUUUGAAGAGCUUAAAACUCUGAUGAUCAUUAGGAAUCCGCAUCUGGAUGAGGAGUGUUUUGUAUCUAGCCUCAUCAGUGGGCUUAAGGAUGAAGUCAAAACUAUGAUAAAAAUGUUAAAACCUACAACUCUGUCAAGAGCAUUUGAUUUAGCUGCACUACAAGAAGAGGCAUGGAGACUUCAGACAAGGAUCUUCAAGGAGAGGGGGAAAGCUGCACCUAAGGAUAGAUUUGGAAUCUCUAGGAACUCUUCCCAACACCAAAUCCACAGUUCUCAUUAUAGGGUGCCUCCCACCAGCACCUUUAGGAAUACUUCCUUCAAAGGCAAAACAAUGGCUACCUCAGGGUCUGAACCUAGAAGACUUUCAACAGAAGAGUUUCAAUACAGAAGGAAUAAUGGACUUUGUUUCAAGUGUGGAGAGAAGUUUGGACAAGGUCAUCAGUGCAAAUCUGGCCAAUUGAACCUUUUGGUUACUGAUGAAGAAGAAGAAAUUGAGUUUGAAGAUGCUGUAGGGGAGCAGGAUGAGUCCACAGGGAAUCUAGGACAAGUCAUGAAAAUGUCCCUACAUGCACUAUCAGAGGCCAUAAAAAGAAAGACAAUAACACUGAUAGGGAAGUGGGAUGGGGUGGAAAUGCUCAUAUUGGUUGACAUAGAGAGCUCAGAUAGUUAUAUCAGCAGUGAGAAGGUGAUUGCAUUUGACAUCCCCUAUCAACUAGUGGAACCAUUCUCUGUGAUUGUGAUGGACUUAAGUGGCUGGGAUAUGAUAUUAGGAGUAGAUUGGAUGACUCACUUUAGCCCCAUUACGUUUGACUUCCAUCAGUUGACAGAGUCUGAGGUGCCUGCUGAGGUUCAGCAGGUCAUUGGAGACUUUAAUGAUGUGUCUCAGACCCCCACUAAGCUACCUCCCACUAGGGAGAUAGACCAUGAGAUUCCCUUAAAACAUGGAUCCCAGGCUUUCAAAAUGAAACCAUAUAGAUAUCCUCAUUCUCAGAAAGGUGAAAUUGAAAAGCAGGUAAGGGAGAUGCUGCAGCAUGGGAUAAUCAAUCACAGUAACAGUCCAUUUGCUUCACCGGUGUUACUGGUUAAGAAAAAGGAAGGAACAUGGCGCCUUUGUGUAGAUUACAGAUGUUUGAAUGAGAUGACUAUUAAGGACAACUAUCCUAUUCCAAAUGUAGAUGAACUGAUCAAUGAGUUGGCAGGAUCAAGGCUAUUUGCAAAAAGAUCCAAAUGCUCCUUUACACAGCAGAAGGUGGAUUAUCUUGGACAUACCAUAACUGAAGAUGAGGCUCCUGUACUUAGGCUACCAGAUUUUCAAAAGACCUUUACUAUUGAAACUGAUGCUAGUGGUAGAGGGAUUGGAGCAGUGUUGAUGCAGGAAGGCCACCCUAUAGCAUUCCUAAGCAAGGCUUUAUCACCUAGGAAUUUGGGGUUAUCAGCUUAUGAAAAGGAGUUGUUGAUUAUGAGAUUCAGUACAAGAAGGGAACAACAAAAUAAGGUGGCUGAUGCACUGUCUAGACUGUAUGACAGGAGUUCAGAUGAGAUAACUCGGCAAGGAUCCUAUUUGGCCAUUUCUUCUGUUACACCCUUGUGGAUACAAGAACUUCAAAAGAGCUAUGAGGCUGAUCCUCAGUGUCAACGUAUUAUCUCCCAAUUAUUACUAGACCCUGCUGCUCAGUUGCAGUAUGAGUGGGAUCAUGGAUUAUUAAUAUAUAGUGGCAAGCUUUAUGUGGGAUCUAAUAGUGGAUUAAGGGACAAACUGAUCCAGGCUCUCCAUGCUUCUGCCAUUGGAGGGCAUUCUGGACAAAGAGGUUGCUGGCAAAGGUUGAAGGCUUUAUUCUACUGGCCUAACAUGAAGCAGGAUGUCAUCAAGGAUAGGAUCUUCACUAGUGUAUUCUGGCAAGAGCUCUUCAGGUUGGUAGGGAUAGAAUUGAGGUAUAGCUCUGCUUAUCACCCUCAAUCAGAUGGGCAGAGCGAGAGGCUUAACCAGUGUGUGGAAACUUACCUCAGAUGCAUGACUAGGGAGUUCCCUUACAACUGGAGCAGGUGGCUGCUGCCCUUGGCAGAAUGGUGGUACAACUCCUCUGACCAUUCCAGCUUGCAACUGACUCUUUUUGAAGCAUUAUAUGACGACAAGCCUCCUCCUUUACCUCUUGGUCCUCAUGUUGACACCACUAUUCCAGCAGCAUCUCAGCUACUCCAGGAGAGGUUAAGGAUUUCCAGUAGCAUCAAAGACCAUCUCACAAAAGCACAAUAA